AGCGCUUGGGGAUUGUGAGUCGAUGGCAAUAUAUGAAUACUCUUUUUAUCACCAUCGGCUUAAAACUCGGGAGCACUGUGAUACAACAUUAAUACAAGAGAGCUAUGAUCAAAUUUAGGAAAGCAAAGUUUGCGGAUCGGCACGGGUAGGAUUAGGACUGAGAGUACUGAGUUUGAUGAAACGAACGGUGGUCAAGCAACAAUUUAUUUCUAUUUAAUCAAUAUAAACAGGGAAAGUUCUGGUAAAAUGUUGGGUCCCAUAAGUUGGGACUCCAAAAAAAAUUUGAAAAAAUAAAAGUUAUACCCUUCUAGUGAUUCUGUCCAUCUUCAAUACUGAAAGUUUGCAGAACAUUAGUCCAAUAAAUGUGGGUCAAUUUUGCUUGAGAAGCGACGGAUUGGACAUAGCCUACAUUGCUACAUGGCAUCUGUUGUGGUGUAUGGAAUUACGCAACUAAGAUUUGUAGUCUUUUGUGCAAUUUGUACCGGUUAGUGCCGAGGAAACCCCUCUAAUCGGGCUUUAAAAACUUGUAAGCAUUGUGAUGAUACAUGUCGAUCUCAUACAUGCUGGGGCUUUGGAAAUUAAAACAAUAAAGGGAUCAAUGCAGACAAAUAUUAUCAGCGAAUUCUAACCCCAGCGAUAUUUAUGUAACAUUAAAUUAUCUUACUUUUUAUUAUUUUUCAUCAGUUACCGUCAAUUAUUUUAUUUGUCUACUGUUGUUGUAGUUCGAUAGCUUUCAACACACCUUCAGUAUAGAUAGAAUGUACAUUCUAAAUGAAGCACAACUUAAGCGUCUGGAUAAGUACAAGGAGAGCGUGCAGGGAACUUGUACCGUGGAAAAGUACAUUGAACCAUUCUGGGAAUGGCUGAUAAAAUACUUUCCUGUGUGGAUUCCAGUCAAUGCAAUAACCUUAACCGGUUUAUUUGUCAAUGCAUUUGGAACACUAAUGAUGCUAUAUUAUACAUCACAUGGUAAAGAAGCCGCGCCAUCCUGGGUAUAUAUUGUCAAUGCGAUAGCAAUGUUCGUGGCUCAAACGUUGGAUAUAUUCGAUGGAAUGCAAGACAGAAGAACAGGAAACGUAUCACCAAUGGGAGAUUAUGUCGAUCAUGCAUGUGAUUCUUUAUCUGGAGUAUUUAUCGGAAUAACCAUGUCUUGUACAUUCCUCUUAGGAAAUUCUCCGUAUUUAGCAUUUAAUAUGUGUUUGCAGAUAUCUCGGCGUUUCAACACCACGGUAUUCAUGGUACAUUAUAAGGUCACGGGAUCUAUUAAAAAAAAUACUACUGGGGAGAAACAUGACUGAAUAGACUUUUGAAAAUUAAGUACAUUUCCCUUUGUUCUUAUUUAAUAAAGCGGAAGACUGAAUUAUAAUCGGAGUAGAUACAUAGAACGUAUUUAAUUAAAUUCAUAACUUUUCUGAAAUAUACAUUUUUUAUUAGCAAUAAA